GAAAGAUGCUCAAAAACGGUCUCCUGCAUGGAUGCAUUGCAAAAAGCCAGAAUUAGGUAGGAUGAAACUUUGCCUAAUUUUGCUGGUUGUUACAGUCAGCGCAGAAGAAAUCCAAAAACAGAACAGUUGCAUCGAAGGGUUUCCAGGAAUGCCUGGAAGCCCUGGACACAACGGCUUAGCUGGCAGAGAUGGCAGAGAUGGAACAAAGGGAGAAAAAGGAGACCCAGGUGAGGCAGGACACCCAGGGAAACCAGGCAAAGAUGGCAUAAAUGGAGAAAGGGGAGAACCAGGAGCUGAUGGCAGAGUUGAAGAAAAGGGAAACAAAGGAGACAAAGGGGGAAGAGGCUGGCCUGGGAAAUUUGGACCCAAAGGGAUUCCGGGACCUGUGGGUGAUAAAGGUCAAAAGGGUGAGCUAGGAUUACAAGGACGGAAGGGGAUAAAAGGUGAUGUUGGUCCUAUCGGCCCUCAAGGAAUCAAAGGAGAAAUUGGUUUCCAAGGAGAAAUAGGUCUGAGGGGUCCUAUCGGACCCAUGGGUCAUCCUGGUCCUAAAGGAGAAAUUGGAGGCCCAGGACCAAAAGGCAGUAAAGGAAUUCAAGGGGAAAAGGGCUGGAAAGGGGACAUGGGAGAAAAGGGGGAACUUGGUGACACCCCAGUCAUCCCGAGAAGUGCCUUCAGUGUCGGCCUCACAGUUGCCACCAAGCUCCCCCCUCCCAAUAUUCCCAUCAGAUUUGACAAAGUGAUGUAUAACGGCUUGAAUCAUUAUAACGCUGCCACUGGGAAAUUUACCUGUGUGGUUGCAGGCGUUUAUUAUUUCACCUACCACAUCACUGUUUAUUCGAGGAACGUUAGAGUUGCUCUGAUUAAAAAUGGGAUCAAAGUGCUCCACACUGUAGACAGAUACCAGGGGGCUGAAGACCAGGCCUCAGGAGGAACUGUCUUGGAGCUCCAGCUAGACGAUCAGGUGUGGUUGCAAACCCACGGAGGGGAGACUUACAACGGAUUGUAUGCUGACCCGGACGAUGACACCACCUUCACUGGCUUCCUUAUAUUUAGUACUACUUCUACAGAGCUUCCAGAACCUAUUCCACUCUUUGGUGCAUGAGUUUGUGUUACAAUAUGAUAAUUGUAUAUAUCUUGUUCUUAAUUCUCUCUAGUGGCAGGAUCAAGAUCAGUAUGGAAACAAACUUCACAAUAGCCUAUUCCCAACUC